AAAUGUAUGCAGAAAAGAAGUGGUAAUGAUGAGCAUGUAACGUUUUUUGCUGACGACGUUUGGCCAGAGCUGACUGCAGAAGAGAGACAGCAACGUGUGAAAGAGUUGGGCGAAUUCCUUCAAACGUUGCCCACAGCGUCGAUAACACGUGAGACAGCGGAUGGUCGUUAUGUGGAGAGUCGAAUUAUCAGCGAGAUUGAGCGCAGAACGCAAUUGGUGUGUGCGGCCGCCUCGAAGGAUGUUCUUCAUAAACGUCUGGCAUUGAAACCGAGUGCUGUGUAUCGAGUGAGCAUUUGUUAUUGCUUCGAUAUCUUUUCUUAG